UACCAUUGAAGAGUACCUUCUCAAAUACUCUCUCUCUCAAAUUCUUGACCUACUUCAAAGGAUAAAGGAAAAAUAAUGGCAACACUAAACCGUUUAUUUGAUGCUCAAGAACAAAUAUGCUACGUCCAAUGCAAUUUUUGCACUACUAUCUUAUUGGUGAGUGUGCCUUAUAAUAGCAUGUCAAUGGUGGUGACAGUGAGGUGUGGUCAUUGCACUGGUCUUCUCUCUGUCAACAUGUUGAAAGCCUCCUUUGUCCCGUUGCAUCUUUUUUCUGCCCUUAAUCAAGAUCAGCUAAAUAAGCACCAAGAAGAAGUAGAUACAUCAAAGGUAAUAAUGGAUAGGCAUAGCACUACAUUAUCUAUGCUACCCUCUUCUGAAGAAGAUAACGACGACGAAGAUGAUGAAGAAGAAGAGGUCGAUGAGGAUAUAAUCGCACUUGAACAUACCGUGAAUAAACCCCCAGAGAAGAAAAGAAGGGCACCAUCAGCUUAUAACCGAUUUAUCAAAGAAGAAAUUAGGAGGCUGAAGGCUAGGUAUCCCAACAUGAGUCACAAGGAAGCCUUUAGCACUGCUGCAAAAAAUUGGGCUCAUUUCCCGUCAGUCCAACAUGGGGUAGACGAAGAAAAUGGUAGCCAUGGGAACAGGCACAUGACUCAUAACUUUGAAGAAGAAGCUGGUUGAGGUUUUGCAGGUCCAUUUAGAAGGCAAAGGAUUCAGUGAAAGAAAGCCCUCAAAGCUAAGCAUUGAAUGAUAUAAUGCAGAGACAACUUCAAAAGUGAUCGAGACAUCUAGUUUAAUUUACAAGAACUAUAUACUACUUAAAUACCUAGCUAGCUAUCUAAGAUUAUUGUGGAAAAGAGGAAAAAAUAUUUUCAUCUCAAAAUGUUUAGGAAUUAAGAGUCUCAAUCAUUUUGACUUUUCUGCUAGUUAGAUGCUCUUGGGAAUGGUUCUU